GUCCAUUGGCAUACAGUUUAGAGGUCUGAUGCUUUUUAGUUAGCCACCAGAAGUCGGUGUUCCGCCGUGAGCAUCAAGAGCAGUUCGGAUAUUGCAGCAACAUGUUUCGGUUGAGUUUGCUAUUUGUGCUCUUGGGCGCAGUCGCCGUCUUUGGACGCACUCUAUCUCCGGAGUUCCUUGAAUGGGAAGGUCGUAUCGUCGGAGGACAGAACGCUGCUUCGGGACAGUUCCCGUACCAGGUUUCGCUUCGCUCGUCCGCCAAUAAUCAUUUCUGUGGAGCUUCAAUCAUUAACAACCGGUGGGUACUAUCGGCCGCUCAUUGCACCGUUGGGCGCACUCUGGCUAACACCCGCGUCGUCGUUGGAACUCACCUGUUGCUGAGCGGUGGUCUUUCCCAUGCUUCAGCUCGUAUUGUAAACCAUGGAUCGUAUAAUGCCAACACCCUGGCCAACGAUGUCUCGCUUGUGCAGACUGCUUCGGUCAUCACUUUCAACAAUCUGGCUCAACCAAUCGGUCUGAGUGCUACCUUCAUCAACACCGCUAGUGGAGCCUUGGCUUCCGGAUGGGGUCAGUUGGGAGCUAACAGCGGUAUCCCAAACAACCUUCAGUGGUUGAGCACCAGCAUCAUUACUUUGGCCGACUGCCGGAACCGUCACUCGGUUGCCAAUCGCGCCAGCGUCUUUGAUAACACCAUCUGUACUCUGAGCCCAAGCGGCCAAGGUAUGUGCAUGGGAGAUUCCGGUGGCCCAUUGGUGCAUGGAGGUAACCAGCAGGGUAUUGUCUCGUGGGGUAUCCCUUGUGGACUGGGUGCUCCGGAUGUAUUCGCUCGCGUAUCUUCUCACCGUACCUGGAUUCUGAACAACGCCAACUAAAUUAUUGUUUUAAUAUUG